AUGAUUCACAACGCUACUUUAUUCAGUCUGUGUUUAUUGAUCAUGAAUGGUGUGUUUGGUGCAGAUAUAGAUGCAGUGAAGUCAGUAUCAGUGACUGAAGGAGAUUCUGUCUCUCUAAACACUGGUGUUAAUGAAAUACAGAGAGAUGAUAUGAUUCUGUGGAUGUUUGGACCUAAAGAGACUCGCAUAGCUGAAAUCUAUAAGCAGAACAUUGAUAUGCUUGAAUAUAAUAAGAUAUUUGAAGACAGACUCCAGGUGGACAAUCAGACUGGAUCUCUGACCAUCAGAAACAUCAGAUCUGAACAGUCUGGACUUUAUAAACUACAGAUCAUCAGGAACAGAGGAACUUCAUACAAGAGAUUCAAUGUUACUGUCUAUGCUCCUCUGCCUGUUCCUGUCAUCACCAGUAACUCUUCAAACUGUUCUUCAUCAUCAUCAUCAUCUUCAGGAUCAUCAGUGUCUAGAUGUUCACUGCUGUGUUCAGUUGUGAAUGUGGGUGCUGUGACUCUCUCCUGGUACAAAGGAAACAGUUUAUUGUCCAGCAUCAGUGUGUCUGAUCUCAGCAUCAGUCUCUCUCUACCUCUGGAGGUGGAAUAUCAGGAGAACAACACCUACAGCUGUGUGAUCAACAAUCCCAUCACAAACCAGACUCAACACAACAUCAACAUCACUCAACUCUGUCACACGUGUAAAGGUUCAGCUUCAGAAACCGGAUCGUUUGUUGCAGCAUUAAUAUCUGCGGUAGUACUGGCUAUGCUAGCAAUUGUGAUGUGCUAUCUUUACAGGAAAUACAGACAAUCAAGACCAAAAGGCAGGUCUUCUCUUAAGUUAAUGCAACAAGCAUAUGUGCAUUCAUGUUUUUAUAACUGCUAUUAAU